AUGUCGCAGACACUCGUUCAACCAAGUUUGAGCACAGAUGCAAACAUACCUCCUCCAACAAGCAGGGUCCCUAAUCAACCCCAGCAACGUUCCACAAAGCCAAAGAUAGAUCCAUUCGCUCUCGUAUCUACAGAACUUGCACAACUUCGUACUUCGAUGCUGACCUUAAUGGGUUCAGCGCAUCCCGGCCUCACCCAAAUAGCAGAGUAUUACUUUCUCCAACCGUCGAAACAGCUGCGGCCAUUACUCGUCCUUCUCUUCUCACGAGCCACCAACGGUCUUGGUCAAGAUUGGGCACUAAAGAGCUGGAAUGCUGAACUAGAAACCAAGCAAG